AUGACAUCAUCAUCAUUUCCUAUGCAUCCCACCAAGGACGACACCGUUCGUACCACUCCCGACGACGUUUCCGACAAUGUUCCCAACAACGACCUCCCCAACACCAACCUCAACGUCCUCGCCUACUGGUCGUCCACCGCAGCAGCCCUCUUGAUAGUUCUAGCAGUCUGUUUCGCCCUCUGCUCCUUCUCCACCAACCUCGAAACCUUCCUUGCCCAACACCUGGCCAUCUUUUUCAUCGCCAUCGCCAUUACCCUUGUUGUCAAUAUUCCAUCAUCCACUCCACCACCUUUACCAGCUGAGUUCAACCCCAAUCAACCCCUGCUAGUGCCCCUAUCCGCCGCCGCCAUCAUCUCCGCCUUUUUUGCCUGGAAUUCGAGAGCAACUAGUCCUCUUGUAACCCUUUUUUUCCUUGUCGACAUUGUAAUCGGGCUUUGGGGUUUAUGGGCUCUUGUCUUCAACGGACCAGCUGUCCUCUCCAAGACAACUGGCGCAGAUAAGCACACGUCUUCCUUCAUCUUUGGGAACAAGGCUUCAGCAUCCAAACAGAAGAAGCGUUGGAAGAGUGAGCGGCGGCGUGAGUAA